AUGCUUGAGCCGAUGCAACAGAUCAGCCAGAGCUAUGAACAGACAUCACCGGCAAUUUCCAGUGAAAUCCGUUGCGUCGAGAGCUUCUUCGAAGGCUUCCACCGCAACUUUCCGAUACUCCACGAGGCCUCUUUUCACAUUGUGUCGACCCAGACUUUCCUCCUCCUCGAGUUCCUCGGUAUUUACGGCGGCAACGACACGAGCUUCCUCAAAGCGCAACGAAUACACCGCGACCUGAUCGAUGCCAUUCGACUACUCCAGAUGUCGCAAGAUAGUUCGAUCGAAUCUCUUUCCAUGACCUCGGGAGAAGACAGCGGCUACGGUGAAGAGGGUGACGAGGACGACAUGCAGGAGCCUGUGAGUGCGGAAGCUCUCAAUGAGCAGUGGCAAGACUUUAUACGAAAGGAGUCAAGAAAGCGUUGCGUGUACAUGCUUUAUCUCCUGGAUUCCCAGCUCGCGAUUCUCUGCAAUCUUCGACCGAUGCUGUCAUCUCUCGAGAUCAAGUACGACCUUCCAUGCUGCGAAGACAUAUGGUUAGCGCGCUCAGACAGAGAUUGGUUCGAGAAGAGGCGACAGCGCUUCAAGUCUUUUGACGAACCCGACGAUCAAGCCUACGCCCAUGAGACGCCUCCAAGUCAGGGCUUCUUCUACGAAGCCUCUCAGACCCUACUUCACGCCAAUCGGAAUGACGACAGCCAGAGAGACCCCGGAGAGAAACACAAACCGAGGAAGCUGAGAUUGCUAUGGGCAUCUCCAUUCGCUGCCGUCAUCUUGGUGACGCAACUACAGAUGAUGGCUCGCGAACUUACUCAUGCCAGUUCGGCCGGUCACUUAGCAACACCCAGGAGUAAAGACAAGCGGGACAUCUACGAAGAUCGCGACGUCUUCAGAAUACUUAAUGAUCUCGAAAUGGCCCUCGACCUUCUAAAUCCGAUCAAGUCUACUGCUCCUCCUGCCCUCGAGAACCCCUUCAUAACCCUCCUCGGCUUCAAGAUCUGUCUCCGGAGGUAUGAUGCUGGGUAA